CGGGGAAGUCCCGGACGCCCGGGCCCACGCGCGGGGCCUUGCAGCGCCGCAGCCGCCCGAGGGGAAGAGCCGCGACUGCCUGUUGGUGCUGGCGCUGCGCGACGGCUCCAGCACCACGCUGUGCGCCGAGAGCGAGGACGACGCCUCCGUGUGGGGGGACGCAGGCAGGAGGGUCACACGUGUCCCCCAGGUGCACGUCUACGACCCCUACGAUGACGACUACUACCGCUCCCCCCACCAGGCCGCCUACGUCAGCUCGGGCUACUACGGCAGCCCCUACGGAGCUCCGGGCGGCACCCGCGUGCUGGUGCGCGAGGAUCCCUACCGCGUCUCCGGAGACCAGAUGGCCCUGGGGCUCCUGGCAGGAGCAGCCCCCGGCGCCGCGCUCGGCUCCUUCAUGUGGAUGCCCUGCUGGUUCUAG